CACAACUACAGAUGGCGACAGCAUCGCGGGCAGUUACUUUCUCAGCGUUUCUCGGCACACGUCUAUGCUUUUUGGGGGCAACUUGUGGAGUUCCGUGCUAAUCUUUCUAGCCAAAUAGUUUCUCGUGUCGCAUCGCUAAUCAUGCUCGCUCGGCCAAUGACAAGUAUUGACAUUCAGCGGCCGAGGGCGACCGAUAACUGAGUAAACAACUCGCCGCCACUUCAAAGGUGAAAACUGUAGUGACCCGCGUCUAAAAUGGAGUUGAGGUGGUCUUCCUACAAUGAUCAAGCGAUAGUCUGAUGUUAUCGAAGAAAAAGGACCUCAAAUAUCUUCGAGAUGGUGUGGCAGGCAAGUACGUCAAAAAGGAAACACCACCGCAUGUACCAGUGGUAAACACCUGGACCACCGCAAACCACCGCCAGAACCAGCGAUCGUCCGAAGAGGCGCAAGAGCAGUCUGCGUCGGAGCCUGCCAGCUUGGCUCAGAAAUGUGCCCGAGCCUGUCAGAAUCGGGCAGGCCAACAGAGCCUCUCGGUGCCACAGGGUGCUUCCGGAAAUGCCAAAGAGCACAACGCUCCGUUGGGACCAUUUCUAAGGUCCGCGUCUCCGGUUCCUGUUGGGCAGCAUUCGCAUUUGAGCACAGCAUCGUCGUCGACAGCCGGGGGUGGUGCGUCCCUGGGCGUGCCCGAUCAAAGCUCAGCCAGCUCAUCGCCGAAGGCAAGGCACGCAGCAUCCAGCACUGUUGGGGGUGUGAGUGUCAGCGUGGCGGCAGCGAGACCCAUCGCCACGGUGCCUCAGCUGGUGCCGCAGCAGGUGGUGCUCGUCUCUCCACAGGGUCAGGCACAUGGAACCCACGUGUACGCCAAUCCUUACGUCUCGCAGCGGCCAUCGUUCGCCCAUGAGUCGCCCAUGCAUCUACACAAGGGCUCCACUGGCCCAUUCUUUGAAGAUUCUCAACACCAACAGCAGCAGCCUCUGCCGUCACCGUCGUCGAUGAUGAUCGGGGCAGCGGGGGGGAUGCCAGAAGACCGGCUGGCCCUGGACUCGGCAUUGCAGGACAACUACUACCACCAAAUGGAGGAGAACUACCAGAUCCAGCUGUACCACCAGCAGAAGCGGCAGCAGUACGCACAGCAGAGCCACAACCAGCUGUCGCUUCAUCCCGCUGAGCACCACCAACCUCUUCACAGCCCGGGCCCGCCGCACAUCACUCGGGUGUCCGUGAACGCCGGAGGCUCCAGCCCAGUGAGCAGCAGCAGCAGCGUGAGCAGCCAGCAUCAGCUCCCAUCGCCGGUGUCGAUAUCAGCCACCACGGUGGUCACGUACACCCCGGGCAUCUUCAGCUCCAGCCAACUCCUGCCCACCGCCAUCACAAGUGCCGCCGCCGCACUUCCUAUCCCGAGCGGUCACCUCGCCGUCUCGGCCGCCGCCGUGGCGACGACUGCGUCUCCCACGUCCAGUCAUCCGCAGCUUCUCAGCCUCGCACCGCAGAACGUGUCCUCUGCUGGCGGCAGCAAUACAUCUUUGCAGAGGUUUCCAAACAGCGGCGGAGGCUCGCAGCCGCGACUGGCGGCCAAGAACGCAGAGGAGCUGCCCCUGCCGCCAGGUUGGACCGUGGACUACACAAUGCGCGGUCGACGCUACUACAUAGACCACAACACCAAGACCACCCACUGGAGCCACCCUUACGAGAAAGAGGGGCUGCCCACCGGCUGGGAGCGCGUUGAUUCUCCCGACCACGGUGUCUAUUACGUCAACCACAUCACCAAGCAGGCACAGUACGAGCACCCGUGCGCCACCCAGUACGGACAGAGCGGCAGCUCGCCCCCCAUGGGCCACCUGCCACCUCCCCAGCACACAAACUUCCACCAGCACAGCGUGCUGGUACCAGCCAACCCUUACCUCACAGAAGAGAUCCCAAAGUGGCUCUACAUCUACUCAAGGGCACCUCAGGAGUCUGACCACAAGCUGAAGUGGAACCUGUUCCGGCUGCCGGAGCUGGAAUGCUUCCAGGCCAUCCUGAACCGGUUGCACCGGCAAGAGUUGGAGGAGGUGGUCAUGAGCUAUGAGGUAAAGCGUCUGGCCAUAGCCAAGGAGAUGGAGCGGCGCCAUGCGCUUGAGCUGGCCAAAGGCCGCAAGGCCUCCACCAAGUUAUGACUGCUCCGUGGAGAGAGAGGAAAACCUUGGGUGCGGCACCACCACCUCCUAGUCACAAGAACGUCUGCGUGCCGCAAAUGUCAUUGUGCCCUGCCCGCUGCUUCAGCUUUGUCCUUGCUAUGCAGCUUUGGGGGCCGCGCUGGUCGUGCGUCCUCAACGCUGCUUCUUCUUUGUUAAUGGCUGCGCGGUGAGAAAGUGUUUUCUUUCCCUUGGAAUGCGGAGCGUGUGUUGCGCGUGCUGGGUUUCGUUGUUGCUGUUGUUAUCACUCAUUCGACUCGCAGGCUUGAUCAAGCAAACGGACAGUUUUGCAUGUCCUUAAGCUUAUUACCAUUUACGGAGUACCAGGUUAUCGGAGAUGUAGACGUGAGCAGACGUGUUGGUGGCGGCAUCUAUUUUCGUAAAGCAGAUAGCUUUCUUUGGCUCUUUUGUCUGUUUUCGUGGUGGCCAGAGGUUGUGGGUGGUUGCACUUUCACUGUCAAUACAAAGGCAUCUGUGUAAAGGGCGUGUGCUCUCGCGCAAUCGAGUUGUGGGUCUUGUUAUCGAAGACCAACUAAUUCGUCGAAGACCAACUAAAACUCUUUGAGACACACAUGUGGUCCACCUAUAUCACUACAUGUGCUGGUUAACGGCUCUGUUCUUUGUGGAGUUAUGCAGCGAAACAACAAAUGCUGCCCAAAUAUUCUCACUGCAACAAAUAUGCACCUUCAAGCACAUCAUUCCUUUAAUGGCUAUUCGUUCAAAUUGACAAUCGUCAUAGACACUUUACGCACAAUUGAUUUUUUUCAAACUGCUUGUCCUGCAGCAUAGAUUUUUGUCUAAACAAAAGCGCGGAGGCCCUUCUCAUGUUGAAAUUGCACUAAUGGCUUAACGUACUUCUAUGAGCCAACGCCUGUAACUGCCAGUUUGAUGUAUUUGUAGCUCGGCAGAUUGUGCCACAAAACUUAACAACAGAGGACUCGGAGCUAUUAUUUUAGUGACCACCCAUAUUUUACCUAGCUGCUGGCGUAAAGCAUUGUCAGCAGCGUAAUCGUUAACAUGCAGUCCUUUCUUUUAUUUACCUUCUGCAAGAGCACUCGUCUAAGACAAAAACGCUGCUAACCUGUCAUUCGACAAUGUGUCACAAGAUGUUGUUGCCAGCGUUGUUACUGCUGUCCACGUCUCUGGUAAUCCGGUAUUCCAUGAAGGGACAAACUAGAACUCUUUAAUACCUGUGCCACAUGGGCAAGAAGAAAUUGCAUUAACUGCUUAAUGCCUUGCUUAAUGCCAUUCAUGCAGUACACUUGCUUAAUGGCAUUAAAGCCUGGCAUUAGAGCACUGCGCCUCUUGCAGCGGCGCAGUGCUUUCUUACAACUCAUCCAAUGGUUAAAUGCGUAUUUUCUCCAUCCCAACAUUGGCAUAUACAAGCGCACACCAUCAUCGCAGCAUUCAAUGCGAUUGGAAAUGCACUUGUAGCAAGAACUUCAGGUGCAAUGGCAUUAACUUGGGUUUUAGAAAAUGGCAUUAACCUUGCCUGUGUGGCGUGAGUAUAAUGUCCCUGGAUGAAUAGCUUUUGCCAAGUAAUGACAGCCGCAGGCUGUUUCCCUUGAAACUUUUGUUUGAAUGUGGUGGAUGUGUUUCGGUGUACUCGCUGCAAUGUUGGUUGCUGGAUUGCGUUUUGUGUCGGUAACUCGGAAGUGUAGCAAAAAGAAAGAAACAGAAUGUUUGCAGUUCUCUCAGUAUUAUUGCUUUCAUCUACCACGAGCACCAGAUGACGGAGCACUUUAUGGAAAACACUCUGGACAGCAGUGUUGCAAUGGUUGUCGGUACUUGUCUUUUCAUAAGAAAAGCUUAUCUAAAGACUCUAGAUCAUGCUGUUAGGUUACCGAGAAAGUUGAUCCAGCUGUUAUAUACAUAUGCUGGAAGGUUUUGAAGCUUGUGUAUUGUUUGUUUGGAAGCUUGUGUAUUGUUAGUUUUUUGACAGAAUGCUAUGCAAGAGCGCUAUGAAUGGCUGUUUUGUGGGAUGCAGAGUGCAUUUUAAGAAGUAUGUCUGCCAUCACGAAAAAAAAAAAAAAAACAACCUUGUAGUUUGCUGAGAGAUAAUGUGGGUCUUAAAAAAACUGAGCAUUUAGACAGUAAUUGCUCUCAGUCAGGAAACCCAGUCCUUCGCAUUUGCAGCAAGGGCAGGGGGAUGACGACAGAGUCGUUAAAAAAAAGAUAGCUUUCCUACCAAAUCCAGGAAACGGACAGCUUGAUCCGGUCGCCUGGCUUUGGAACUGCCAAGCCUGACUGAGAGGCUAGGAACAUGCAAGAUUCAAGUUUCAGUCUAGCUUACAUUCAUGCAUUCAGUUCAUUGUAAUUACAACCUGCUGCAAGAAAUUAUUGCAGAUGAGUUAUGGCUUGCAUAUGAACGGAGUACUGGCACGCACUUUAGAAGUUGUAGAACUUUCUACUGGUUUGCUUCUCGCACAUAAUAGACGACACUUGGCAAGUACAGUUGAACAUUGUUAUAACUAAAAUACCAUAUCUAAUAUUCGUUAGAAGCAUAUAUUCGUUACACAUUGAUAUUUGUAAAAAAGAUUCUAAAUUGACUUAGUUAUAUCCAUUAAUUAUGUCUGUUCCUUUUAUUUAGGUUUGACUGUGAAGGUUGGGAAACAAAAGAGAAUUCUAUACUAAAGUUGGUCGCGAAUCGUUGGACUUGACGUCGUACAUGUUUUUACAACGCCAUGACACAGAGCAAAAUUUUCUCAGUGCUGUACACACUAUUUUCGGCUACGCUCAUGUCUGGGGCCACAAUGGUUGUAUAAACAGAGCAACCCAGUGUAUCGUGACUUACUGACUCGUCUGCCUAGUAGGUACCAAAACUGGUUCAUAGAAAAAAAGUACAUAUUACAGUGAAUUAUUUAGGGUGCGCAUGCUUGCCAGAAUUUUUUUUUUUUUUUUU